GAAGGCAGCGAUACUCCAGAGCGAAGGCGAGGAGGCUGGGGGAGGGGGCGAGGUGGGAGGAGGAGUAGGAGAAGACAAAGCCGAAAGCGAGGAGGGCCCGGGCCGCCCUUACCGCAGUGCACGGGGCAGCCCAGUCGGCAGGCAGCAUGGGGAAGGGGGGGAACCAGGGCGAGGGGGCUACCGAGCGCGAGGCGCCGAUGCCUACCUUUCGCUGGGAAGAGAUUCAGAAGCACAACCUGCGCACAGACAAGUGGCUCGUCAUCGACCGCAAGGUCUACAACAUCACCGAAUGGUCCAACCGGCACCCGGGUGGCCAGCGGGUCAUCGGGCACUACGCAGGGGAAGAUGCUACGGAUGCCUUCUUGGCCUUCCACAGCAACCUUGAUUUCGUGCGCAAGUUCAUGAAGCCCCUGCUGAUCGGCGAGCUGGCCCCUGAGGAGCCCAGCCAGGACCGCGGCAAGAAUUCCCAGAUCACCGAGGACUUCCGGGCCCUGAGGAAGACCGCCCAGGACAUGAACCUGUUCAAGAGCAACCACCUGUUCUUCGUCCUCUACCUGGUCCACAUCAUCAUCAUGGAGAGCAUCGCCUGGUUCACCAUCUCUUACUUUGGCAGUGGCUGGAUUCCAACCGUCAUUACGGCCUUCGUCCUUGCUACCUCUCAGGCCCAAGCUGGAUGGCUACAACACGAUUAUGGCCACCUCUCUGUUUACAAGAAAUCCACGUGGAACCACGUCGUCCACAAGUUCAUCAUCGGUCACUUAAAGGGUGCCUCCGCCAACUGGUGGAACCAUCGCCACUUCCAGCAUCAUGCCAAGCCCAACAUCUUCCACAAGGAUCCAGAUGUGAACAUGCUGCAUGUGUUUGUCCUGGGCGAAUGGCAGCCCAUUGAGUACGGCAAGAAGAAGCUGAAAUACCUGCCUUACAACCACCAGCACGAGUACUUCUUCCUGAUUGGGCCGCCGCUGCUUAUCCCGUUAUACUUCCAGUACCAGAUCAUCAUGACCAUGAUCGUCCGCAAAGACUGGGUGGACUUGGCCUGGGCCAUCAGCUACUAUACCCGUUUCUUCAUCACCUACGUCCCUUUCUAUGGUGUUUUGGGAGCCAUCCUUUUCCUCAACUUCAUCAGGUUCCUGGAGAGCCAUUGGUUUGUGUGGGUCACACAGAUGAAUCACAUCGUCAUGGAGAUUGACCGAGAGCCCUACCGCGACUGGUUCAGCAGCCAGCUGGCAGCCACCUGCAACGUGGAGCAGUCCUUCUUCAAUGACUGGUUCAGUGGGCACCUCAACUUCCAGAUUGAGCACCACCUCUUCCCCACCAUGCCCCGGCACAACCUGCACAAGGUCGCCCCACUGGUGAGGUCCCUGUGCGCCAAGCACGGCAUCGAGUACCAGCAGAAGCCUCUGCUGCGGGCCCUGCAGGAUGUCAUCGGGUCCCUGAGGAAGUCUGGGCAGCUGUGGCUGGACGCCUACCUCCACAAAUGAAGCUGCAGCCCUCGGGGCAUCCACGGGGAAGGGGGAGCAGGUGGGGGUGAUGGCCAAAGGGAAGGGUGGGAUUUUGUUCAGACGGGUGUCAUGAGGCUGUGGUACACGCUGGCUCCCAGACCCUGGGUUUGGUCUUUCCUGUUGUGCUCUCUGGUUUCACUGCCUUCACGCCUUCCUCCAACACCCUUCCUCCUGGGGCCUGCCCGUCAGCCCGCUGUCCCCGCCCAGGAGCACAGCCGGGUGGCUCUAUUCCUGCCUCCACCCUCUGCCCCUAAACAGCAGCCAGACCAGUGGCCUGUGACCCCCUCCUUGUAGCCUGGCCUCCAAACCACCCUCUUUUCUUCUUCAGAUGCUCUUGAGGUCUGUGGGGCUGAGUCCUAGCCAGCAGGACGAGGCUCCCUGAGCCUGCAGGCCGGCUCCACCCUCUCUGAUGGCCGCCCACCAUCUGCCCUUACGUGGGGUGGAGUACUUUGUGCCUGGGUCUCCUUCCCACCACCAGGAUCGGUACUUGGGGCGUCCCUGCAGGCCCCACUUUCUCUUCAGAUGUCUGGGGCCCUGGGCCCUGAAGCCAGGCUCCCUUUGCCUGCGGUGCAGCCAGCUCAGGCCUUGGGGCCCAGGGAAAUGCCCUCCUGGCCCCACUGGAGCCUGACCCAGGGCCCGAGCAGUUCCAUCCUACCGCCUCCCAACUCCAGAGCUCGUGACCUUGGGUCCAAGGGGGCAGUGCCACAGAUGGGCUCAGCAGAAGCAACGGCCAGGUCGGGGGUUGGCCGGCCUGUAGGCUCAGCCCUGUCCCCCCAUCCCUGUUCAGAUGUGUGUCCUAGUUGAGAGACCUAAGAUUCUGGAGCGAUGGGACGCUAACUCAGAGUGCUUUGUUACCUGAAAGGCAGUGCCAGCCAGUCCCUGGGCGCUUGGCCUGAGGGGACUUGAGCCCUACAGGCUGCAAGUGGGCGCCGAGGCCCAGGGGCUCCUCACAGCCCCUCCCCGUGAUGGGCCUGCCUGCGUGACACGCUCUUUCACCCUCUUCCACGCUCUCCAGUGUCUUUUACUGGUUUUUUUUUACCUUUUGCUACAGGAUGCGUUCUGACGGGGGUGGCAGUGGUGGCAGCAGGACAGGGCCUUGUGACAGUCUGCCUGUGACCACCUACCCCUCGCAGCCUCCCCAGGCCCCGCAGUGGGCUGAGCUGGGCUCACUCACUGAGGCCACAGUGGCCGUGACUGUCAGGAGGCAGAGAGGAACUCGGAGUCCCAGAGGAGGUGACCCUGAGGAGCCGAGGGCUUGGAGGGGACCCAGUGGGACAAGGAGGGGUUGAGGUUGGAGGCCAGAUGGCUGAGGGGACUGGAAAGUGAGAGGGGAGGGUGGGGAGCUUGGCACCACCGGGAGGCCCCAGAGCCGCUGCGUUUGGAAAUUAACCCACUAACCAGUACGUAGUUCCAGGGGAGGGCAGGGCGAACCAGCGCUGGCCGGCCAGGAGGGACCAGCCCUGGCUGGUGAUGGACCUUCACGUUGCCAUGGCAACGGGGGGACUGCCUGAGGCCCUCCCACUGAGAACACACCAGCCCAAAGAGCCACUGUCCCUCCCCUGAGGCAGAAUGGAUCCAUAGGGAACUGAUCUUAAUUCUUAUCGUGUUGCUUCCCCACCCCUACAUUGUUGGAAAUAAAUGAAGUGAUUUUA